AUGCCAGUAGAAGAAAAAGCAAGCUCCUCAGCCAGAAGGAUGAACUGCAGACACCAAGAGAAGAGUGGAUCAGUAAGGUUAUUGUUCCUCUUGUUAUUGUCUUUGUUCUGCAAGACGGCCUCAGAGCAGAUUCAGUAUUCAGUCCCUGAGGAAAUGGAGAAAGGGUCCGUUGUUGGGAAUCUAGCCAAAGAUCUAGGACUGAGCCCUGGAGAAAUAGCAAAUCGCAAUCUGCAUGUCCUUUCUCUAGAUAAAAAGCAGUAUUUCACUGUCAGUGCAGAAAAUGGAAAACUGUAUGUAAAUGAUAGGAUAGAUAGAGAAGGAAUAUGUGGGGAAACUAUUUUCUGCCCUAUAAAUUUUGAAGUCAUGGCUGAAAACCCCAUGAAUAUUUUCCAUGUAACUGUAGCAAUCCAGGACAUUAAUGACAACACACCACAUUUCUUAAAUGAGGAUAUCAGGCUAGAACCAAGUGAAUUAACUUUACCAGGAGCCCGAUUCGUUCUUGGGAAUGCUGAAGAUCCAGAUGUUGGAAUGAAUUCUCUCCAGAACUACCAACUCUCAUCCAAUCAAUAUUUCACACUGGAAACUAGAGAGAGUGAAGAUGGGAAUAAAUAUGCAGAAUUAGUACUCAGUAAACAGCUGGAUCGGGAAAGUGAAAGCAGUUUCCAUUUAACCCUUCUGGCUCUAGAUGGAGGAAGGCCUGUCAAAACUGGCACAGCCAAAAUAUGGGUUAAUGUCAUUGAUGCCAAUGACAACCCCCCUGUUUUUGCACAAGAAUUGUACAAGGUCAGCCUGAAGGAAAAUGCCCCCAAAGGAUCUUCAGUGGUACAGGUGAAAGCCACUGACAGAGAUGAAGGGUCCAAUGGCCAGAUCAUCUAUAUCUUUAGCAAUAUUGCUGAAAGUGUUCGCAGAAUGUUUUUGCUAGAUCCCAAAAAUGGGGCAAUAAUGGUUAUGGAAAACCUGGACUUUGAGUGGAAAGAUAAAUACACUGUGACGGUGGAAGCCAAGGAUGGAGGUGGGUUAGUAGCUCACUGCAAUGUUGAAAUAAAGUUAAUAGACGUGAAUGACAAUGCCCCGGACAUUGUUCUUCUCUCAUCCUCCAGUCCAAUACCCGAAGAUUCUGCAUCUGGGACUCUGGUUGCUCUUAUCAAUGUAAAAGACAGAGAUUCUGGAGAGAAUGGAAACAUAGUUUGUCAGGUACUAAGCAAUUUGCCAUUCCAAAUUGUCUCAACAUCCAAUAACUACUAUAAGGUGGUUACAGAUGGUGCUUUGGACAGGGAAAAUACUCCUGAGUACAAUAUCACAAUCACAGCCACAGACAAUGGCAGUCCUCCUCUUUCUACACUCAAGACCAUUUCUGUGCAGAUCUCCGACAUCAAUGAUAAUCCUCCAGCCUUUGAGAAGCCUUCCUAUACUGCCUACGUGCCAGAAAACAACCCCUCUGGAGCCUCCAUUUUCAGGGUCAAAGCCUCAGACCCAGAUCUGGAUCGCAAUGCACGAAUCCUUUACUCCAUCCAAAAGAGCAACAUUGAGGACCUGCCUCUCUCCUCUUAUGUCUCCAUUAACUCUGAGACGGGGAUUGUUUAUGCACAGCGUUCCUUUGACUACGAACAAUUCAGGGAGUUCCAACUUCAAGUGAAGGCCCAAGAUGGAGGUUCUCCUCCCCUCAGCAGCAAUGUCACAGUGGAAGUGUUUAUUGUGGACCAGAAUGACAACAGCCCUCAGAUUCUCUAUCCUUCCAAAGGAGUGGAAGCUUCAGUCUUGUUUGAGAUGGUUCCUCUUUCCGCUGAUGCAGAUUAUCUGGUGACCAAGGUGGUAGCAGUGGAUGCUGACUCUGGACACAAUGCCUGGCUCUCCUACCACCUGCUUCAGGCCACUGAGCCAGGGCUCUUCACAAUUGGACACCAUACUGGUGAGAUCAGGACAUCCCGAACUUUUUUGGAAAGGGAUGCUGUGAAGCAGAGGGUGGUCAUCUUAGUGAAGGAUAAUGGACACCCAUCGUUAUCUGCUACAGUGACUCUGAACCUGGUGUUUGCAGAGAACUUCCAAGAGGCCCUUCCAGAAAUGAAGACCCAGUCCAUCAGUCCUGACUAUCAGUCUGAUCUGCAGUUCUAUCUGGUGCUGGCCCUGGCUUUGAUCUCCUUCUUGUUCCUCUUGACGGUGAUCUUGGCCAUUCUGAUGAAGCUUCGACGAUCAGGAAAUCCCAAAUUCCUACAGUGCUUUGCUCCUGUUCCUCAUUCAAGUGCUGGUGCCAUCUUCCCACCAAACUUUGAAGAUGGGACUUUGCCUUAUUCCUACCAGUUGUGCCUGUCCUCAGAAUCCAGGAAGAAUGAGUUAACUUUCCUGACACCCAAUAUCCAGAUUGUAGAUAACAGUCUUUGUGGUGACAAAUCUGGUGAGCCUUUGACUGGCAAUGAAGGAAACAAUUUAGAGACUGAGGUGGCUAUUAUGAACAUGGUGAGUUUUUAUUCUAGAAAGUGUUUGCAUGCUGUUUAG